UUCUGCCGCACCGCGAAGAAAGCACAGCUCCCCCUUGGCAGUGCGCAUGCGCCGCGCGCCCCUUCUGCGUCACGGCCUGUCGGCGCCUGCGCGGUGUCCCGGCGGCGGGAUGAAGGUGGCGGUGGCGGGGUGCUGCCAUGGCGCCCUGGAUAAGAUGUACGAGACGCUGGAGCUGCUGCAGAAGCGGCACAACGUGCGGCUCGACCUGUUGCUCUGUUGUGGCGACUUCCAGGCCGUGCGCAACGAGGCAGACCUGCGCUGCAUGGCCGUGCCCGCCAAGUACCGCCACAUGCAGACGUUCUACCGGUACUACUCCGGCGAGAAGAAGGCCCCGGUGCUGACGGUGUUCAUCGGCGGGAACCACGAGGCCUCCAACCACCUGCAGGAGCUACCCUACGGCGGAUGGGUGGCGCCCAACAUCUACUACCUCGGUUACGCGGGCGUGGUGCGGUUCCGCGGAGUGAGGAUCGGCGGCAUUUCGGGCAUCUUCAAGUCGCAUGACUACCGGAAAGGCCACUUUGAAUGUCCACCAUACAACCAGCAAACAAUCAGAAGUGCUUACCAUGUCAGGAACAUCGAGGUCUUCAAACUUAAGCAGUUAAAGCAUCCAAUGGACAUAUUUAUGUCACAUGAUUGGCCACGGAGCAUAUAUCACUACGGAAACAAGAAACAGCUGCUUAAAAUGAAAUCCUUCUUCCGUCAAGAAGUGGAGAGCAACACGUUAGGAAGCCCUGCUGCUUCUGAGCUUCUGCAGCAUCUGAAACCUAAUUAUUGGUUUUCAGCCCAUCUCCAUGUUAAGUUUGCAGCUUUCAUGCAACACGAGACAAAGUCCAAAGAAGAACUACCCAAAGCAACCAAGUUUUUGGCUCUGGAUAAAUGUCUGCCUCACAGAGACUUUUUGCAGAUAAUAGAUAUUGAGCAUGAUCCUACUGCAGGUGACUCACUGGAGUAUGAUGCUGAAUGGAUUGCAGUCCUCAAGGCCACCAACAGUCUGAUUAAUGUGACUCAGAGCUCAUGGAAUGUGCCUGAAAAUAAUGGCCUCCAUGCAAAGUGGGAUUACAGUGCAACAGAAGAGGCCAUCAAGGAGGUGUUAGAAGAACUGAAUCAUGACCUCAAAAUUCCUUGCAACUUCACCUUGACAGCUGCUUGUUAUGAUCCCAGCAAGCCCCAAAAGAACAUGGAACCAGUUCACACCAUCAAUCCACAGACCACUGAGUUUUGUGCCCAGUUUGGCCUCACUGACAUCAAUGGCAGAAUCCAGCAGGUUAAAGAAGAGGGCUCAGUACGUGGAGAGUAUGAAGAGGAAGAAGAGGAAAUGGACAGCAGUGGGUCAGCAGAGGAACCUAGUGAAUAUAAUACUGAUAACUCUGGGCUUUCGUCCAUUAAUCCAGAUGAAAUAAUGCUGGAUGAUGAAGGUGGUGAUGAAGAUUUGAGCACGUGUUCCGUAGAUCCUUCCCCCGAUCAUCCUCCUGAGUUUUCUGCAAGUUUUUCUGACAUCAGGAUCAUGCCAGAUUCCAUGGCGGUAUCAUCUGAUGAUGCUAUGGACUCCACUAAUGAGGAACUGGAGAAAUCUGGUGUGAAUAAGCAGGUGGAAGAGAAGAGCUUGAAUGAAAGACCUUUAAAGCGUGUUAGUGGUAGUGAAAAUGGGAACAGUGGCAUUAAAAUUAAGAGAAGGAAUCAAGCCAUCUAUGCUGCAGAGGAUGAAGAUGAAACAAAAUAGCACUACAUGAUUUAUAACUAAGUUCACUCCCCACCUAUUUAUGCAAUGGUGAUGAGAACUAUGGUGAAUUGCUCAUGCUUUUAACGUUAUUUGAUCUUAAUCAUGCUGCUUCCUUCAGCUGAAGAGGCACAGUGUACCUCUUGCAGGGAAGAAUGUUUCGCUAGAUUAAACACUUCAGUCACAAGUGAAAUUCUGUAGCAAAGUACUUUGUCAAAGGAUUUAAGUCAUGUGUAAUCAGUUGGUUUUUGCUUCAGUUCUUGGUUAUCAGUUUUUACUCAGUAUCCUGUGCUGUACUGCUAUACAAGAUUCACCAUGCUUGUUUAACGAGAGCUCUUAAACUGUAACUGAAAUCAAAGUGAGGGGAUGUUAGACUCGGGAGAUUGAACUAUUUGCUUUUAUUGCUUUUGUCUUGUUUUAUACUGAUAUUUUUUUAAUACAAAGUAGCAUAUGCAAUAACUCUAUGGACUAAAUUUGAAAGCAGAAUUCCCAGGAUAACAAAACAGCAGUUUUGGCUGCUUCUGGUGACAUUAGUGAUGUAGAAAAGCUUCAUGGUCAAAAACAGAACUAUGUGUAUUGUCUAUUCUAAUAUUUUUUCAGUAGAGAACCAUGUCUCAAUUUGUAGCAUGAGUUUUAUGAGGACAAUGGAGGACUACUGUUCUUAAAAACUCAUGUGCUGUUUCUUAAAAGUUGAGAAACAUACCUUAAAUUAAAAUGCAGCUAUGUAGCUUCCUGAAUGUGAAUGUCAGCACAGUCUCAAUUCUUACUAAUUAAGGUUGUGUUAUCAUGUAAUCUGAUAGUAAGUUGCUUGAGACAGCAAUGCCACUGUUAUCUUUAGCCUACAUUUUUGCCUGCUGCUCUCUUUGUUAGUAUGCAACUUGCCCAAUUCUUAGAGCUUAGCUUGGAAUUUUCCAAAAUACCAUUAAUAAACCUGAGGGAGAACAAGA